UAUCUUAUUAACAAAUGCUGGUAUAUAUUGUGUUCGCAUGGAGUUUGUUAUAUCAAAUCGUCUGAAUUGGAGUAAAAACACGGUUUCGCUAAUAUUGAAAUAUAUGUUACAUAAAUAAGGUUUAGGAUAUGAUUUGUAAAAGAAAUAUUUUUUGGAAAGGUGUUAGUAUCGUUAAUCAAUCUAACUCCAUUAAGUAUAGUGCGUUUACCGGAGGUCCCACUAACAAUGAGGAAAAUACGCAUGGGCAGGAGUACAUUCGGUCCAAGAUUGAUCGAAAUAGGUCAAAACUUUUGGGUCAGCAUAGAAACGUGCUAUUCAAUGUGGUUCCUUACCUCCAAGCGUGUUCUUGGAUACAUUUGACAGAAAAAUACAAAAGAAAAGUGUUUGGAAGACAUGGUCUAACCUCAGGUGUUGAUCCUUAUAUAUGUUUUAACAUGCAUGGACAGUCUGACACUAUUGAUAAAGUGAAAGAAGGAUGCUCUUUACAAAAAUUAGUACUCAGUUGUAGGGAUAAUAAUUUACUGAAAACUAAAGCUAUUGAAUCCCGAGAACUUGAAAUUGCGAGUAAAUUGGAGAAACUUGAACAAUGGAAGUUAGAAAUGAGAAACAGGAUAUCAAAAAAAGAAGCUGAUGCAUUAGCUGCGAAAGAGCACAAGCGAAGGUUAAUAGAAGAGGUGCGGAGACAUUUUGGCUUUAAAGUGGAUCCCCGAGAUGAAAGAUUUAAAGAAAUGCUGGAACAAAAAGAACGUGAAGAAAGAAAGAAGCAAAAGGAAGCUAAACGAAAAGCUAAAGAGGAUAAAAUGAUGGCAAAACUUGCAAAUAAUACAUCUCCAUACCGUGGUUGAAAAUG